AUUUUGUUACUGUUGUCUGGUCUAUUUAGUGGCUUAAAUUUAGGCCUUAUGGCAUUAGACAAGACCGAAUUACAAAUUAUUGAAAAAUGUGGAUCUGCCAGUGAAAAGAAAUAUGCAAAAAUCAUUGAACCUUUGAGAAGUCGUGGAAAUUUUUUAUUAUGUACAUUGCUACUUGGAAAUGUUCUUGUGAACAAUACAUUAACUAUUUUACUUGAUGAUUUAUCAAAUGGUUUGUUAGCUGUUAUUAUGUCAACUAUGGGUAUUGUUAUAUUUGGUGAAAUUAUUCCACAAGCCAUUUGUUCAAGACAUGGCUUGGCUAUUGGAGCAAGAACAGUUUAUCUGACCAAAUUUUUUAUGAUUGUUACUUUUCCUUUAUCAUUUCCAAUAAGUUUGAUAUUAGACAAAGUUUUAGGUGAAGAGAUUGGUCAAGUUUAUGACAAGGAAAAGUUACAAGAAUUGAUUCGUAUGACUGCUGAUAAUAAAGUUCUUCAAAAUGAUGAGGCCAACAUCAUUGCAGGAGCUCUUCAACUUGCAAACAAAGUCGUGACAGAUGUUAUGACUAAAAUUGACGAUGUUUACAUGUUAGAUAUUAAUACGACAUUGGAUUUUGAAACCAUGUCUGAAAUUUUAAAACAUGGCUACACUCGUAUCCCUGUAUUCGAUGGGGAAAAAAGUCAUAUUGUGAAUCUAUUAAAUACUAAAGAGUUAGCUCUCAUUGAUCCUGAUGAUAAUACUGCUUUAAAAACUGUGUGUCAAUUCUAUGACCAUCGUCCAUUAUUUGUGGAUGAAGACUAUAAGUUAGAUGCGAUGCUGCAAGAUUUCCUUCAAGGAAACUCACACAUGGCUAUAGUUCAAGUUCUACACAAUGAAAACGAUUGUGAUCCAUAUUAUGAAAUAACUGGUGUGGUCACAUUAGAAGAUGUCAUAGAAGAAAUUUUACAAUCUGAGAUUGUGGAUGAAACAGAUAUUUUAACUGAUAAUAAAGGGAAGGCACCAAGAAGGAGAGAAAAGAGAGAUUACAGUGUGUUUGAAAAUGAAGAAAAUGCACCAAGAAUUUCACCUCAGUUAGCUCUAGCUACUUUCCAAUUCCUCUCAACUACUGUGGAUGCUUUUAAAGAAGAUUUUAUAUCUAGAAACGUGAUCAAGCGUCUGAUACGACAGAAUAUUGUAGUUAAUAUACAUCCUAUAGAUCCACCAGAUUCUGAUAAAAACUUUAUUUAUCAAAACGGCAAAGAGUGUGAUUAUUUUGUCCUUAUAUUACAAGGUCAUGCUGAAGCUCUGAUAGGAAAAGAAAAGAUGGUGUUUGAGGCUGGUCCAUUUAGUUAUUUUGGUAUU